AUUGUUAAAUACUUAUCAAAUGUUUUUAAUAUAAUUUCUCACCAGAGAUUGAUUGAACAGAAGCUCAAAAAAUUGUAUUUGGACCUAAAAAUUCAAGACAAAGAAGAGCUGACAUUGAAAAAACUAAAAGCUGAUGGAAAAGAUAAGGAUGGAUUAAAAGAAGCUGAACUGAGAAGAAAACUCACUGGUAUUAUGAAAAAGUAUGGUCUGGGAGAUGAUACUAAACUUCAACCAGAAACUGUAUAUGAUCAGGUGUACAAUGAUCCUUCUGAUGAUUAUCUCAACAAAAGACUUUUUACAGACAAAAAGUUAAACAAGUUAUGGUGGAAAGCUGAAAAGUCGGAAUUUACAGAUGAAGAGCUUAAAAAAUUGAAGGAAGAAUUCCAACAUCAUGAGGAAAAAAUCCAGCAGUACCACACCUUAGUGGAGAAGGCUAGCCAGGGAGCUGAGUUACAGAAUGAUGAGAUGGACAACUCUGUGGAGGCCAUACUGGAAGGGGAAGAGUCAGAAGGUCGGGAUAAAACUGUAAGUGCAUCACAUCAGGUGAUUCAAGAGAAGCACAAAGAAAUCAAGAAUGGGUACGAAAAGUUAGUGAAAUAUGUUGUUGAAGGCCCUGAAAAAACUGAGUUUGAGGAAGUCCGUGUUCAGCAGCUAUGGAAGUUGGCCCAAAAAGCAGACUUCACUCCGAGUGAGUUAUCGUCACUAAAAGUAAGUUCAACAUCCUGAAAAAUUUCCAUUCAAAUAUAAAAUG